AUGUUUACUUACUACAACUCAAUAACCUUCAAUCCCAAAUGGGCCAGCAUCAUGGGGAAGAAUAAAAAAGUGUCCAUGACACAUGCAGAGGUCUGGGAUGAUUCUGCUCUGGUACAGUCCUGGGACGAUGCUGUCGAAGAAUACCAGCAUUAUUGGAGCAUUCACGCCAAGGGUGAAGAUGUUGAAGAUGCCUUAAAAGAAGCAGAAGACACUCAUAUGCCUCCAGAUGUACAUCACGGUGAUGGUGAACUCAUCAAAGCCGAAGAGGACGAUGCCAUUCAACCUAACAAUGAAAAUGUCUCAAUGACCGUUGAUGAUCAAACUUCCGAGUCUGUUCCUGAGCCUUCUCAGCCAGUGGAUACUAAUUCUGCGGUUUCCGCGCCUACUAUUCCGAUGCCUCAUCCAGUCAUGGCAAACGUUCAAGAUGAGUCUUUGAAAAACCUCAUGAUGUCAUGGUACUAUGCAGGGUAUUACACGGGACUUCAUGAAGGUCAACAACAAGCAAGCAGCGAGAAAAGGUCAUAA